UUCACCUAUAAAGGAGCGCUCAUGCAUACGAGGCGGACGAGCUGAACUAGCUAUCCGUUCGUUCAUCGCCGUUUCCUGGACCACCCAAGUAGCCUCUCGUGCUGCACUUUCGAACGAACAAACAGUGUGACGAGAUGCCGUCUCGACAGGGCAAAGCGGCGGAUGGCGAGCGCAAGACGCGGGUCGCCAUCAUCGGCACUGGACUGGCCGGGCUGACGACGGCGUAUCUGCUGCAUCGCGACUCGCAGAAGCGCUACGACGUGACGCUGUUUGAGCAGGCCCCCAAGUUCUCCCUCGAUGCCGCGUCAAUCACCAUCAAAAACACCAAGACCGGCACCGCCGAGCGCAUCGACAUCCCGCCGCGCAGCUUCUGCCGCGGCUACUACGCCAACCUGUGCCGCAUGUACGACCACCUCGGCGUGCCCUUUCAGCACAUCCAGCUCAUCUGGGUCUUUGCCCGCAUCUCCGCCGCUGCCCAGACGCAGGUGCCCAGUCCGGAGGACGUCCAGACGAUGCCCGGGAGCUACUUUAUCUAUGGCAAAAGGCUGCACGAGAUGCUGCUGAUAUCGCCUCACUUUUGGCGCGGGUCGGUGCAGACAAUUUUGCAGACGCUGUAUCUGGCCAUUUGCCACAUCUGGUUCUUUGCCGCCUGUUUUCUGUUUGCGCCCCGGAUGAUCAAGGCCGAGACGUAUCUGGACGUCAAGUCGGCGGCCAAGGGGAAGAGUAGCAGCGCCAGCAGCUGCGAGUCGUUUCGGCAGUAUCUCGAUCGCAUCCGGCUGCCGCAGACGUACGCGCUGUACUAUCUGCUGCCCGUGCUGAGCAUCAUCUGCAGCUGCUCGCACGCCGAGAUGCUGGAUUUCCCGGCGAGCGACGUGACGGAGUUUGUCAAGGGCUCGUUUCUGCGCAAAACGUAUGUGGCUCGCGGCGGCAUCAACCGCGUCCAGGCGACGCUGGCGGCGGGGAUCGAAGACGUGCGGCUGGAGACUCGCGUGACAAAGGUAGACAGAGUUGAUGAGGGUGUUCUGAUUCGCUCUCAGAGCGUCAACGGCGAUGCUGCUGCUGCUGCUGCUGCUGCUGCUGCUGCUGCUUCUUCCGAGGAGGUGUUUGACCGCGUCGUGCUCGCCGUGUCGCCCAACGUCGCCGCCGCCAUCUUCAACCCUUCCAAGCCCCUCUUGAGCGUCAUUCCCACGGUCCCCGUCACAAGCACCGUCGUGGCUCCUCUCGCAUCAGGACUGUCCGUCGUGCCCGAAAAGACCCACGUCCCGUCCGGGGAGUGCUCGUACCGCCGUGGAGACGCCCAGGUCAUGGCCUUUAGGACGACCUUUUCCGAGAGCGUCGUUCAGACGGAGACGCUGCACUACUUGUCGGAUGGGCUGGUUGUGCGGACGAGUCCCGUGGGUGAUGCGCCAGAGUUGAAGGGGACGCUGGACACGGCGAGGUUUACGCGGACGUUGCGGACUACGGAGAGCAGGUCUGCCGUGCAGAAACUCUUGGCCCCGACAAAGGAUUCGGACGGUGAGGGUCUGUGGACGAAUGGGAAGGACGAUGUGUGGGUCGUGGGAUCAUGGUGCUGGGAUGGGAUGGUGUUGCUGGAGGGGUGUGUGGUCUCGGCGAUGAGGGUGGCGAGAGACUUGGGGGUUGAAGUUCCGUGGGAGCGGUAGGGUUGUGUUUCUGGGGUUGUACGAGAUGAUUGUAUAUGAAAGGAUAUCUCUGUAUGUUGGUUAUUUCUUGGGGUGUUGGGGGGUUGUAGACUUGAUUGAAGCAAGCAGGUUCAAGCAAUUUU